CUCUCCUCACUUCUCCUCACCUCUCCUCUCCCCUCACUUCUCCUCACUUCUCCUCACUUCUCCUCACUUCUCCUCUCUUCUCCUCUCUUCUCCUCACUUCUCCUCACUUCUCUCUUCUCCUCACCUCUCCUCUUCUCCUCUCUUCUCCUCACUUCUCCUCUCUUCUCCUCACUCCUCCUCCAUCCUUAAGUGUUUCCUUGAUGUCUCCUUAGAUCCAUCUCCAUAGAUUCAGGACCUCAGCUUCAAAGAUCCUCCUGAAGUUCUGAUUCUGGAUCAUGGAGAGAUGACGGACACAUGUCUGAGAACAGAUGCUCCACUUAGUCUGAAGCUGCUCUCUGAUUGGACGAUGCAGCUUAUCUCAUUUCACUCAUAGGGUUACUAGAUGAUGCGUUCAGUGUCUGUGGUUCAUUUCCUGCAGAGUGAUGGUGUUGUGUUCACUGACUGUCGUAAAUCUCUCUUUUUUUCAGGAGGUCUCGCUGCCCUCGCUGCCUGCUGUGCUGGUGUUUAAGGACGGGACCUACUCCACCUUUAAUGGUGAGACAGGAAGUUUCUUUCUUUCUUUCUUUGUUUUUUUUGUCUGUUUUUGUUUGUUUGGUCCCAGUUGCCCUCCUCUCCUGGGCUCACAGGUGAGCUCAGGUGAACUCAGGUGAACUCAGGUGAACUCAGGUGAACUCAGGUGAACUCAGGUGAACUCCCAUCUUCUCCUUGUUUUCCUUUCAGAGGAAGUUGACGGAGAUCUGAAGACGUGGAUCAACAGAGAACGUUUCCCAAACUUCCUGAAGAUCGACAGUUUCACUCUGUACGCCAUGGGAGAGACAGGUAACACUUACCUGUCUGAUACUGAGGUCACGACCUCAGGUUAGGGUCAGAGUUCACUAACACACCUGUAGUCCAUGAGUCGGACUGUCUGUAGUUUACCUGGAGUUGACUCUAAAACCAGGAUGUGGGUCACUGAGGUUCUGACUCGGCUCUACAGCUGCUUUCAACAAAACAAGAUCGUAUCAUAGACUGACCAUGAGAACUGGAAAGACUCAACCUCCCCGUCUACAGUAACAGAGCUAACAAAGUCACUAAAUAUGCUAGCACAUCCAUAAUUUACGCAAAGCAUCAUGGGUAACAGGGAUAAGAUGGAUAUUGACGUUAGUUUCGAUCACAUGACUUCCUCUGUGAUCAUUUUGAUCAUGAAGUGUUUAGAGUUGGAGAAACAGGACGUCUGAUUGGCUGAUUGAUGUAACUCCGCCCCUUUUCCCACAGAAAAAUUUGUGCUGUUGGCGUUGGUGAAAAAAGGACUGUGUGAGAAAAGUCUGAGGUAGGUGAACCGUCCACCGACCAUAAUCCUGAACCUGAUCACAGGUGAAGAGUCACACUGACGUUGUCUUCGCUUACUUCCUGUUUCCUGCGCAGGUUCAAAAAUCUGGUGGAAAAACUGGCAACAGAAUUAAGGGAGACCUACAACAGGUGAGUCCUUUUAGUCUGUCUCACCUGUCUGUCCUCCUGUCUCACCUGUCUGUCCUCCUGUCUCACCUGUCCGUCUCACCUGUCUGUCUCAUCUGUCUGUCCUCCUGUCUCACCUGUCUGUCCUCCUGUCUCACCUGUCUGUCCUUCUGUCUGUCCUCCUGUCUCACCUGUCUGUCCUCCUGUCUCAUCUGUCUGUCCUCCUGUCUCACCUGUCUGUCCUCCUGUCUCACCUGUCUGUCUCACCUGUCUGUCCUCCUGUCUCACCUGUCCGUCCUCCUGUCUCACCUGUCUGUCCUCCUGUCUCACCUGUCUGUCUCACCUGUCCGUCUUUUCCAGGUUCUUUUACUUCGGCUUCAUGGAGGACAGUGAUUACAUCAGAGGACUUGUUAUGGAGUAAGUUUUUCUUUAACUCGAUGUUUCGUCCUUUUUUCAUUUGUCUCAGGUCUCAAGUUACGAGUUUCCAUUUCUAGUCAUCUCUAAUGAAUUAAUGAACUAAAGUAACUGACUAGACUCUAAAGGACUAGACUCUAAAGGACUAGACUCUAUAGGACUAGACUCUAAAGGACUAGACUUUAUAGGACUAGACCCUAAAGGACUAGACUUUAUAGGACUAGACCCUAAAGGACUAGACUCUAAAGGACUAGACUUUAUAGGACUAGAAUUUAUAGGACUAGACUCUAAAGGACUAGACUUUAUAGGACUAGACUUUAUAGGACUAGACUCUAAAGGACUAGACUCUAAAGGACUAGACUUUAUAGGACUAGACUCUAAAGGACUAGACUUUAUAGGACUAGACUCUAAAGGACUAGACUUUAUAGGACUAGACUCUAAAGGACAAGACUUUAUAGGACUAGACCCUAAAGGACUAGACUUUAUAGGACUAGACUCUAAAGGACUAGACUCUAAAGGACUAGACUUUAUAGGACUAGACUCUAAAGGACUAGACUUUAUAGGACUAGACUCUAAAGGACAAGACUUUAUAGGACUAGACCCUAAAGGACUAGACUCUAUAGGACUAGACUCUAAAGGACUAGACUUUAUAGGUCUAGACCCUAAAGGACUAGACUCUAAAGGACUAGACUCUAAAGGACUAGACUCUAAAGAACUAGACCCUAAAGGACUAGACUCUAAAGGACUAGACUCUAUAGGACUAGACUCUAAAGGACUAGACUUUAUAGGACUAGACUUUAUAGGUCUAGACCCUAAAGGACUAGACUCUAAAGGACUAGACUCUAUAGGACUAGACUCUAAAGGACUAGACUUUAUAGGACUAGACUUCAUAGGCCUAGACCUUAAAGAAGGUUCUGGUCCUGAAAUUCUGGGCAGUUGAAAGUUGAGAUGAUUGAGAGGUUUAAACUCUUCAGUCAGGACUUGAUCUCAGUGACUCGUCAUUAAAAGACCUGAAAAUUACACGACUUGACAAAUCUUGAUUUGGAAAAAAACGGUUGACAUUUUGAUUUGAAAUGAUGACUCGACAUAAACCGACUCAUGGAGGAUAAGAUGACUCGACAUAAACCGACUCGCGGAGGAUAAGAGGACUUGAAACCGGAUACUUUUUUGGAGGUUAAUUGACUCGAUGGCGUCUCAUGUUGAUGACCUAAUUGUUUCUGGUCAUCAGUGAUGUCAUCAUUCCCUCCUUCAUCGUGGUCAAUCUGUCCAAUGAUGGUUACUUUCUGCCGCUGGUCGCCGUGGAGACGGAGCACCAUCUGCAGGAGUUCCUGGAUGGAGUUUUGACCGGCAGUAUCCAGGUGAGUCGUGACUCGUCAGGUGGUGGUUUUGAUUGGCUAGUCUGAGAUCUGAGGGUGUGUCUUGUUUCUUCCAGGCUCAGGGAGGAAAUGGCGCCAUUCAGCGAGUCCGACGUUUUAUUUAUGACACCAAAACAACGCUGCAGGUACGCUCUGUCUUUAACUUGACUUCCUGUUUCCUAAAUCAGUGACCUCUGACCUUCCUCUCUCCUUCUCCAGCCCGUGUUCAGUCAGGCUCCACUGCUCUUCUGCUUCCUGGUCAGCCUCCCGCUCUGCCUCGUCACGCUCUUCUGCUACCUGUGCCUGAAGAAACGACCUUCUGCUUAUGACGACGAAGACGAUGAUAAUGGAGACGGUGUUCUGUUAGCUCCAUCAGUAGGGCGACGCAAAAAACUGACCGAGAAGAAGAUUGACUGAGGGAGGAGGAGGAGGAGGAGGAGGAGGAGGAGGAGACGACUCAGGACCGCCGGAUGACACGAGUUCACGCCACGAGCUCGAGUUGAUAUCAGUGAUACGCUUACAGAGAUGAAAAUAAAAGUGUUCAGAGCGCCGACUCACUGACCAAGAUCAA